UAUUAUUUGAACUACCAUGUUUCAUUACAGAAAAACUAAAACCGAACACCAAUAACCAUCGAACUCCAUUAUUAAACUAACACAAACUCUCCGUUCCACCGUCAUAACAGAGUCUCCUACUCCGUCCGCAACCACUUCACUCACCAACAAAGAAUGCUUCAGUUUCGGUUAAAACCAGUAACGGCAUUCGCGGCGAAGCCGUCACCGUUGGUGGCUUUCGUCACGGUAAUCGUCAUUGGAGUGGUGGGGUUUUAUUCCCUACAUUUCCCUUUCCGUUCCGCCACUUCCCUCGACGCUUCGCGCUUCGGCCACGUGUUCCUCUCGUCCUCCUCCAACGCAACGAUCUCCAACUACCUUCGCGGGCUCACCGUGCAACCUCACCUCGCGGGAACAAAACCCGCUUCCCUAACCGCGCGCUACGUGCUCAACCACUUCACCGGCCUCGGGCUCCGAACCAGGACCGCUAAGCACCGCGUGCUAUUGUCCUACCCGCUGCGCUCCUCUCUCUCGGCUCAUUUUGGUGACGGUUCGAGUUUGGAGUUUCAGUUGGGGGAGGGAGAGGGGGACGGGGAGGUGGUGGCGCCGUACCACGCGUACUCGCCGUCGGGGUCGGCGUGGGCUGCGGCGGUGUUCGUGAACUACGGGCGGGAGGAGGACUUCCGGUUGCUGGCGGCGGCGGGGGUGAGGGUGGCGGGAUGCGUUGCGGUGGCGAGGAGCGGCGGGGGAGUGGGGCGUGGGGCGGUGGUGGAGGCGGCCGAGAGGCAUGGUGCGGCGGCGGCGGUGGUGUUCAGGGAGGGGGACACGUGGCCCCGAGGUUUUGAGAGGGGACACGUGAUGAGAGGGGGGAUUGGGGACCCGCUGAGUCCUGGGUGGGGUGGGGUGGAUGGCGGCGAGAGUUUGGGUUUGGAUGAUAGUGAGGUUUUGAGAAGGUUUCCUAAAAUUCCAUCCAUGCCUUUGUCUUCUGAGGCUGCUGAGAGGAUCUUGGUCUCGCUUGGUGGAGCUCCUCUGCCCUCUGAUUGGACGGGUACCCUAAAGUCCUCCAAGGUUACGAAUGUUGGUCCUGGCCCCACCAUCCUCAACUUCACUUAUCAGGGAGAAAUGAAAGUGGCUACCAUUGAAAACGUUUUUGCCAUUAUCAAGGGACGGGAAGAAUCUGAUCGCUAUGUUCUGCUUGGGAACCAUAGAGAUGCAUGGACAUAU